ACGUAGCAAGUCGAUCAGCUUCAGCAUUUUCACAGCAGGGGCUACGGCGAGUAUGUUAUAGGAAUAUAUGCAAACGUGACUCUGUUAACUCGUAAGCUCGUGCAACAAAGCAUUUAUUUUGUACUUCUUAAGUUAUGCAAAAUGCGUGCAAUAAUCAACAAUAAAUAUUUAAUAAUUCUUCGAUCAUAACGUGCACUACGAAAAACGUAGGAUUGACAGACGGCAUACCACACCACUUUUUGGCCUGUACUGUACCAAAGAAAGUCUAUACAUAUUCUUUGACUGUACUGCACAUCAGAGGGCUGGAAUAGGGAAUGCACCAUCUCUGUCGUCCAUGUAAAUAAGGAAUGAUACUGGUGUAAGUUUAAAAGCUUGUACAGCUCUAAAACUUUUCCUGUAGACGAAAAAUUUCUACGAGGAUUAAAAAUUAAGAAUUAAUAUUUUUUGCUGUAGCACUGGAUUCGUUUGAUAACCGAGUAUUCCACAAAAGUUGACGAUAAUGUUGUAAAUCUGUAUAACAUGUCGGUUGAAGUAAUGAAUCAGCAGCUUUUGUGGUAAAUUAAUAUGAAAUUUUUAUUGUCUGUAGCAUAAUACUUCAUUGCGUACAGUGAAAUAUGGAAGUACCACAGUAAGUACUUGCAGCUGUGGACGUACCACUGUUAAAUUAGAAACUUCUUAAAAUUGUUAAGCACUGACUAGCAGCUCCAGAACAAUAUACACUUCUAUGUGCUCGUCAUUUUGCAUAUAUGACAUAAAUGUUGUGGAAUAUGUAUGUAUAUGUGACAAAUUUGAUGUCUGAAUUGUAACAAAUUAAUGAUUAAUGAUGUUUUCCUAGAAAUCAAGAGUAGCUUAUAUCACACAUUAAGUUAGGUUUCAUGCAUAAUGUGUAUUUAAGCAAGACACCGAAAUUUACUAUGAAACAUCCAGCACUACUUUGGUAAACUUUCUGUUCUGCAACCUAUAUUACAUCACUCCAAAAUAUAAACAUCAUCAUCAGAUAUCUGGCAAAUUAUAUGAUAUCAAAGCUGUUGGUUAUAGUUAUCUAUAUAGUGCAGAAAUUUCUUGUUUUAGGAGUUACAUAACAAAUCAUUUGGAGAAAGCAAUAUUUUAAAACAGCAUAUGCAUACCAGUACAGAAGACAAAUCUUAUGUGUGUGAGGUUUGUAACAGCUCAUUUACACGAAAGGGUUAUUUAAGUAAACAUUUGCUUGUUCAUAAAGGAAGGAAACCUCAUGUAUGUGAAAUAUGUAAGAAAUCAUUUAGUCAAAAGAAUAGUUUAAACAUACAUAUGCUUAUUCACACAGGAGAGAAACCUCAUGUGUGUGAGAUAUGUAAUAAGUCAUUUAGACAAAAAGAUAAUUUAAACAACCAUAUGCGUACUCAUACAGGGGAAAAACCUCAUACCUGUGAUGUAUGUAACAAGUCAUUUAGUCAAAAGAGUAAUUUAAAUGAGCAUAUGCUUAUUUAUACAGGAGAAAAACCUCAUGUUUGUGAUAUAUGUAACACUGCAUUUAGUUUAAAGCGCAGUUUAAAUGAACAUAUUCUUAUUCACACAGGAGAGAAACCUCAUAUGUGUGAAGUAUGUAAAAAGUCAUUUAGUCAAAAGAGUUAUUUAAGUAACCAUAUGCAUAUGCAUACAGGAAAGAAACUUCAUGUAUGUAAAGUAUGUAAAAAGACAUUUUGUCAAAAGGGCCAUUUAAGUAACCAUAUGCAUAUGCAUACAGGAGAGAAACCUCAUGUAUGUAAAGUAUGUAAAAAGGCAUUUAGUCAAAAGGGCCAUUUGAAGAGUCAUAUGGUUAUUCACUCAGGAGAGAAGCCUUAUGUCUGUUAUAUAUGCACAAAGUCAUAUGCCCAAAAGUAUGCUUUAAGCAGGCAUACACUUACACACACUACACAGAAAUCUUACGUAUGUCAAUUAUGUAACAAAUCAUUUAGACAAAAGUGUGAUUUAAGUGAGCAUAUGCUUAAUCAUACAUUAGGAAAAUCUGAUGUGUAUGAAGUAUGUAAGAAGUCAUUCAGUCAAAAUAGUAGUUUAAGCAAUCAUACGAGUAUUCACAGAGGAAAAAAGGUUCAUGUUUGUAAAGUAUGUAACAUUUCAUUUACUGCAAAGAGUAAUUUAAAUCAGCAUAUCCUUAUUCACACAGGAGAGAAGCCUCAUUUGUGUACAGUAUGUAACAAAUCAUUUAGACAAAAGGGGGUUUUAAAUAAGCAUUUGCUAAUUCACACAGGAGAGAAACCUUAUGUGUGUGAAUUAUGCGGGAAACCAUGUAGUCAAAAGACUAGUUUAAUCAAGCAUAUGCUUAUUCACACUGGAGAUAAAUCUCAUGUAUGUGAGGUAUGUAACAAGUCAUUUAGACAUAAGAGUAACUUAAAUAGGCAUAUGCAUAUUCACCUAAAAGGGGCACCUAGUAUAUAAACUUUAUUUAUGCUAAAAAGUGGUUUAAAUGACUUAUAUGUGUAUCUAAGAGAUUUUAUGAUCUAUGUAUGUAACAUAUCAUUGGGACAAAAGAAUUUGAAGACGUUUAAUUAUGCACAUGAGAUGGAUAAUGUCUUUUGAGGAUAACUUACAUUUAUAAGAACUUACCUCAGCAGUAGGGUUUAUGUCUGUAACUAAGGAACCUUAUUAUUUAAGGUAUGUAAUUUACCAUUUGAUCAGAAUACAUAAACAUUUAUUUAUUUGCACAAGAUAAAGAUUUUAUUUAUGUACAAUUGAUUUUAAAGGAACACUGACUUAAAACAAGGGAAUGAUUUCAUAUUUGAAAAGAUUUCAUUUUUCCGUUAUGCAUCUGCCAUGCAUUUUGGCAGUUUUUUUAAUUGUAAAUACACAAUUAAGUGUGUUACUCACAGUGUGUAGUAAUGUACUCGCAGUUGUGGAAGUACCACUUUUAAAUUAGAAACUUCUUCAAACUGUUAAGCACUGGCUAGCAGCUCCAGAGCAAUAUAAAUUUCUAUGCCCUCUUCAUUUUGCAUAUAUGAGGUAAAUGUCAAAUAUUUAUGGGGGCUUUCAUCUGCAGAGAACUCGUUGGCGCCGUUGCAUUUUUACAUUUACUGGGUUCUCUGCGGAAGUGUUUCCUAUGUAUGUAUAUGCGGCAAGAAAUUUGAUGUCUGAAUUGUAACAAAUUAAUUCUUAAUGAAGUGUUCCUAGAAAUCAAGAGAUGCUUAUAUCACAGAUUAAGUUAGAUUGCAUGCAUAAUGUUUUUACAAUCUCCUGUAUUUAAGCAAGACGCCGAAAUCUGUGAAACAUUCGGAACUACUUUAAUCCCCGGAUGGCACUAUUAUUGGUUCAUGCCGUAUGUUUGGUUUCUCUGUUACAGGUGUCAGAAAGCAUGGCAGGUACAUAAUGGAAAGGUACCAAAAACUUUUUUAAGGGUUAAAGCAGAAAAUUAAUUAAUAUAUAAAGAGUAAAUUGCACAACAAGUUUUACAACAAAUUUUUCUGAAUGCUACUUCUCUGAAUUCUAAAAAUUUUGCAGCGCCUAAAUUCUGCAACCUGGUGCGAAUGCCCUGACCUUGUAAGUAUGUUUAUAUGCAGAAUUAUAAAUCUAAAUGUAAGAAAGAUAUGUUCAAGUAUUAAUAUCAUUAAAUUAUAUACGUUUAUGUGGCAUAAAAAAAUUAAUUGCAUAAAAAUGUACAUGAUGCAUAAUUAGCAGUAUAUUCUAUUCUUCAAUUAUAAGCAUAAAGGCUUUCUUAUAAAUUAGUUAGUCUUAAGAGCCAAAUAGGUAAAAAUAUUCAAAUUAUCAAGCUAUUUCAUUAAAAAAUUCUAAAAUUUUCUUAAUAAUGGGUGGGCUAAAUAAGAUCUACCAGUGUUAAACAAAAAUAGCUUUUUUAUUUUUUGAUAUAAUUAUUUUUUUUCUUUUUGUGGGUUAUAAUUGAAUUCUUGGAAAUUUAUUAUGGAACCCUACAGUAAAAAAACAACGCAUUAGAAUUAUCGAGUUUUUUCUAAUCUUGUCAACAAUCAGUUGUCAUGAAGCAGUGUAAAUAUCGGCAAUAUUUUAAUUCAAGUGUACUGUUUGGUGCGGGCCAAUAGAGUUAUCGGCCCAUAUUUCUUCGCAAAUGAGGAUGGAGCGCUGGAAACGUUAUCCGGAGCUUCUUACAGAACAAUGAUUGAAAACUUUUUGUGGCCAAAGACAGAGAAGAAUACUUUUUUUAUUUGGCUAUUUAAAAGACAAAGUGUAUGUUAAUAAACCAGAGACUAUUAGAUAGCUGAAGCAGAAUAUUCGAAAUGAAAUACUGAGCCUUCAACCAGAAACAUUACGUGGUGUAAUAAAAACGUGUUACAAAGGGCCAAUCUCUGUAUUGAGAAAAAUGGUGGACAUUUGUCUGAUGUCAUAUUUCUUGCAUGUAUGCAGAUAUGUAACUAGGAUUUUCAACGCCCGGGCACAGUUGAAGAUCUCACGCCCCUCUUGUUUGCCAAAAAUGGAAACCAUUUCAUUCUAGAAAAAUGUAACAUCAGUUUGGUGUCCCUGGAUGGUGUGCCCAAGAACAGAUGUUUGCCCUAGCUCCUCUGUAGCUACACCCUUGGUAUUCAUGUGUGCAUUUGCAUGUAUGUACAUAUAUGUUACCGUGAAAGACCGAAAUUGGAGAAUGUCAACAUUCACCAAAUACGUCGGUGAAAGGCCGAAUAUUUCACUACAUUUUUGUAUAUUCGGACCCU